AUGAUCAUUUGGGACUGUCAGACAACUGUGAAAGCCAAGGCCUUAGGCGCGGGAACCUCCCACCGGCCCCGCGCGCACCUUCGCGGUGAGCAGGGCUCGGGGCUGAACAGGAUUUUACAAGCCCACGUCCUCGCGGUGGGGAGCCGGGGGAUGCCCUGGAGAGCGGCCGCCCCCCGCGGCCCCGCGCCCCGGCCGCUCCUGCUCGGCCCCGGCCCCGCUCCGCCCGCUCCGCGCGCCGUCCCCAGCCCAGGCACGGAUUACCUCGCCGCGCGGCCGGCCUCGGGCCCCCUCCUCCGCCACCGCCGGGCAGCCGCGGCCGCCGCUCCGCCGCAGCCGCCUCCGGAGCGCCGCUCGGCCCCCGAGCAGAGGGCCGGGAAGGGAGGGGGCGUGGAGGCGGGACCCGGACGCCGAGCCCCCGGCGGCAGGAAGCGGCGACACCUGGUCGCCGGCGCGUCUAGCUCUCGCUGCCUCGAGACCGAGCAUUUAAAGCCCUCUCCUCGCCCUCCCGCCCCGCGCCCGGGCGACCGUUACCGGCAGGCGCCUCGCGCUCUGGCGGGACGAGCCGAACUACCCACGAACGUCCUCUGCCCCGCCCCCCUGGGCCCCGCCUCCACGGGGCCCGUGACUCCGCCCCCUACAGGCCCGGCCCCUUGGCGCCCCAAAGGCUCCGCCCCACAGGUCGGAGUGCCCUGGUCCCGCCCACCACAGGCCACGCCCCAAACCCUUGGUUCCGCCCUCACAGGCUUGACCCUCCUGGCACCCCAGUUUCAAGGCCCCGCUCCAAAAGGCCCAAGAUCCCCGGCCGCGCCUCCCAUAGGCCACGCCCCAGCGCCCUUCUCUCCGCCCCGCCCCGCCCCUGGCGCCCCUGGCGAUCUCUGGCCCCGCCCCUCGAGGCCCCCCUCUGAGCUCCAAGCUCAGUAUCAGUCCAGCUGCGGCCGUGGGGGCCUACGUGCUCCGCGGGCGGAGGGCCUAGUGCAGGGCGGCUGCCUGGCGCCUCUGCAGCGUCUUCCUCCCUCCGUGCGGCUCCGAUCUGCUGCCGGAGAGGGAAACGACCCCGACAGAAGCCCGAUUGAAAGUGGGCGGGACGUGUGCCACACAGCUGCAGACCCCAACACCUCCAAAGGACGGCAAAUUCAGAGCGUUUUAAGCAUGGCUGAAGAGGAGUGCAUUCCACGACCAUUCCCUUUCCCACGCUUCCUGCACGAGAUGGGUGUGGAUUCUGCAGUGCUGCACGGGAGCUCACUGCAGCCGCGGAGCAGCGGCGGCAGCGGCGGCGGCGGCUUCUCCCGAAGCUGA